CAAGAACUUCUGGAUACUGGGGCUCUAUCCUCUUCAAGGCAAAGAUACUGUCUGAAAUGCCCUGGUUUGUCCUCAGUUGGCGGGAUAGCACACUGACAGAAGCUAUACUCGGGAAGGGUUUUCCGAGUUCGUGUCUUUUCUUCGGCUUAUGCCCAGAUCAUCGCAACUCACUGAAUCAUGAUGCGGUACGCUCUCAUCCUUCUUACAUUGUCUACUGACAGUGGUCCUUGCAAGUAAGAGUGUACAAUCUCGCUCAUCUUGCCUGACAUAGCGCGUGACCUCUACCUUCCAUACUGGCAGCAUGGUCACGGAGAAAUAGGAAGGUGUAGUACCUUAAGCGCCUAACUGACGUCUUUUGGAACCACCAUGCAGGCCUGCGCGCGGAUGCUUCUCUUGUUCGCAAUCUGUCUACUCACCGCGACCGUCUGUUAUGCCCCCAUCGACCGCCGCUCCAUUGUCUCGCGAUACAAUCCAGUUCGCAACGUGUCCAGUACAUCCACACCAGUUCAAGUCGGAAACGGGAACUUCGCUUUUGGGAUGGACGUCACCGGGCUGCAGACCUUCCAGCCAUUUGCCAUUCUUUCAUCCUGGGGGUGGAAGAACGACUCGCUUCCCGAUGGAACCACCGAAGCUGACGUCGAACGCUACCAUGGUGCUAGCUGGCUCGACCACGGCCGCCCCGUCGAGUACGACUUCGGCGGCGAGCCCACCGCCAUUGAGCAAUGGCUCAUUGCGAACCCCAACCGCGUCAACCUUGGACGUAUCGGGCUGGCAUUCUUCGACGACGCAGGGGCCCUCUUGACAAACGUCAGCGAGGCCGACUUGACUUCCCUCCGCCAGGAGCUCAACCUGUGGACGGGCAUCGCGCAGAGCGAGUACGAGUGGGCCGGUGCAGAGGUGCGCGUGACCACAUCCUGCGCGGACCGCGCGGAUGCGGUGGUGAUCACGGUGUCUUCGCCCCUGCUCGCGGCGGGCCGGUUGGGAGUCUUCUUCGACUUCCCGUGGACAGACGGAACGAACAAGUUCAGUGCGCCUUUCGUGGGCGUGUACAAUGCGACGGACAAGCAUACGACAACGCUGCGCACGGUGGACGACCACAGGAGCGACCUCACUCACGAGCUGGGCUCCAGCACCUUUCUCACAUCUAUUGAAAGUCAGGAGAACAUCACCAUCACCAGGGACUCCCCGAAUGCUCAUCGCUACACCCUGACCUCUCAGGACGGGACGGAAAACUUGGUCCUGGUGGUGACUUUCUCUCGUGACAUCGAACGCUCGCUUGCUCCCGAGGUCGACUUCUCGCACAAUGCGUCGGCAAUGGCUUGGGAAGACUACUGGACUCAAAGUGGAUUCGUCGAUGUCAUCAGCGGAUCGUCAGACGAGCACGCCGACGAGCUUCAACGCAGGAUAAUAUUAUCCCGAUACCUCGUGCGUGUUAAUGAGGCGCCCGACGCCAGCGGACCUCAAGAGUCCGGACUGGUCAACAAUGGCUGGUACGGGAAAUUUCAUAUGGAAAUGAUCUUCUGGCACCUCCAACACUGGGCGCUUUGGGGAAAUUGGGAUCUCCUCAACCGCUCGACAUCCGUAUACUCGAAUUUCUUGCCCUCCAGCAUCCACCGCGCGCAAGUCCAGCAAGGCUACGCCGCGGGCGCGCGCUGGCCGAAGAUGACCGACCCAUCGGGUCGCUCCUCGCCCGGUGAGAUCAACAACCUCCUCAUCUGGCAGCAGCCGCACCCGCUUGUCUUCGCCGAGUACGAGCGCCGCGCCUUUCCGACUAGCGAGACGCUAGAGAAGUGGGCACCCGUCGUGCGCGCGACCGCCGACUGGAUGGCGAGCUACGCGUGGUGGAACGCGAGCGCGGGCGUCUACGACCUCGGGCCGCCGAUGUACGUCGUCUCCGAGGAUACGCACCCGAACGCGACGAGGAACCCGGCGUUUGAACUCGCGUACUGGCGCCUGGGGCUUGGGAUAGCGGAGCGCUGGAUGGAGGAGCUUGGGGAGGAGGUGCCCGCGUCGUGGACCGAGGUCCGCGAGAAUCUGGCUUCGCUUCCGGUGCACGACGGGAAGUACAAGGUUUACGAAGAUAUCGAGGACGACUUUUGGACGCGAGAGGAGUACACGAACGAUCAUCCCGCGCUCACUGGUCUAUACGGCUGGCUGCCCGAGACCUCUGGACUCGACCUCGGCAUAGCGAAGACGACCGCCGAAAGCGUCUGGUCAAGCUGGAACAUCUCGAAUUGCUGGGGAUGGGAUUUCCCCAUGCUCGCUAUGUCCGCCGCGCGACUCGGUGACGCGGACAAGGCGGUCGACUGGCUAUUGCAUCCGCUCUUCGAGUUCGACGACGUUGGAAUGCCUGUAGGUGGGGUACGCGUGCCGACGCCGUAUUUCCCCGGUUCAGGUGGGCUGUUGUACGCGGUCGCGAUGAUGGCCGCAGGGUGGGAUGGAAGUCAGGGAACGGCGCCGGGAUUUCCGGAGCAAGGGUGGAAUGUCACCGUUGAAGGAAUGAGUCGGGCGCUGUAGGUUAUGGGCCGCCGUAGCCGAAAUAUUCACGAUGUUCAUCUUUCACUCUACCCGAGCAAUAUCCUACAUGUUACAUUGCAAGUACUCCUUCAUCGUUGUCCACCGAUGGCCCGGCCACAUGUGAUCAGCGCCGCCAGCCCCGUCAUUCUCUCCAACCUUGGUAUCCUGAUUCAUGAGCCCCUUCUCGAUGCUAGUCUGCAGUCCUGACAUGAUGAACGGAGGCGGUCCUCCUGGAAGCGACGGCACCUCCUCCACUUUCUCUACGGGUGCCUUUAGGAUAGCGCCGAGGCCGUUGAGAGUCAGUCGCUCCCCCUCGAUGCGAAGCGCCUUGUUGGCGAGUUCGGAGAGGGGGUAAUGCGUGACGACGUG